CCCUGUUUGCGGCUGCGCGCGCUCCUCUUCGUCUGGGACUUCGGCCUCGGUCCUGGGGACGAACGUCGAGCGCCUGCUGUGUGCGCUGGGCUGUGCGAGGACCCGCGAGCCGGAGGGCCUGGCGAGUUCCGAAGGUCCAGACCGCCUUAGCCCGGGAGCGCGGCGGCGGCACGUGCAAAGGUGGCGGGAGCGAUGGCGCCCCUCGGGGAAGGGGGCGAUGACCCCGUGCUGCCAGACCUGCCCCGGGGGCCCCUGGAUGCGGCCCGCGCCCGCGCCUCCUUCCCCUGGAAGGAACUGGCGCUGUUCUGGGAAGGGCCGGACAUGCUGCGCUUCAAGAAGAGCAUCUUCUCGGCUCUGGAGAACGACCCCCUCUUCGCCCAUCCCCCCGGCAGUCUCUCGCUGGAGAAGUACCGGGAACUGAACUUCCUGCGCUGCAAGCGGGUCUUUGAAUACGACUUCCUCCGCGUGGAGGACUUGCUGGGGAGCCCGCAGAGGGUCCUGGCGCUGAUCCAGUGCCUGGGCAUGUACGACUGGUCCCUGGCCACCAAGUUCUUCCUGCACACGCUGACCUUUGGAUCAGCGAUCUACAGCUCUGGUUCUGAAAGGCAUUUCAAAUAUCUUCCGAAGAUCUUCAGUAUGGAGAUUUUUGGAUGUUUUGCUCUGACUGAAGUGAGUCACGGGAGUAAUACCAAGGCCAUGCGGACGACGGCUCACUACGACCCCACCACUGAGGAACUCAUCAUACAUUCCCCUGAUUUCGAAGCCGCCAAGUUCUGGGCUGGGAACAUGGGAAAGACGGCUACGCACGCGGUGGUGUUUGCUCAGCUGUACACGCCGGGGGGCCAGUGCCACGGGCUGCACCCCUUUGUCGUGCAGAUUCGGGACCCGAAGACCCUUCUUCCCAUGCCAGGGGUGAUGGUUGGCGACAUCGGAAGGAAGCUUGGACAGAACGGUCUGGACAACGGAUUUGCCAUGUUCCACAAGGUCAGGAUUCCUCGCCAGGACCUGCUGAACCGCUCAGGAGAUAUCACCCCCGAGGGCACCUACGUCACCCAUGUUAAGGACGCCAGGCAGCACUUCAGCGAGUCCCUGGGCAGCCUGUCCUCCGGCCGGGUCGCCAUCGCGGGCAUGUCCGUCGUGAACCUAAAGCUGGCCGUGUCCAUAGCUCUGCGUUUCUCGGCCACCAGGCGUCAGUUCGGACCAACAGACCAGGAGGAAGUGCCGGUGCUGGAGUAUCCGAUGCAGCAAUGGCGCUUACUUCCGUACCUGGCCGCGGCCUACGCCUUGGACCACUUUUCCAAAUCGCUCUUCCUGGAUCUGGUGGAGCUUCAGCAAGGCCUUCUGGGGAAAGACCGGAGCGCCAGGCAGGCAGAGCUGGGACGCGAGAUCCACGCCUUGGCGUCGGCCGGCAAGCCCCUGGCCUCGUGGACGGCCCAGCGCGCAAUCCAGGAGUGCCGGGAGGCGUGCGGAGGGCACGGCUAUCUGGCCGUGAACCGUCUGGGAGACCUCAGAGAUGACAACGACCCGAACUGCACGUACGAAGGCGACAACAACGUCCUGCUGCAGCAGACCAGCAACUACCUGCUUGGCCUGCUGGUGCGCCGGGACCAAGGCGGUGCCCGCAUCGAGAGCCCACUGAAGACCGUGGACUUUCUGGAAGCCUAUCCCAACAUCCUUGGCCACAGGUUCGAGGGUUCCAGCCCCGAGGACUGCCUGGACUCCUCAGUCCCGCUGGCGGCGUACGAGUGGUUGGUCUGUUACCUGCUCCGCGAGAGCCACCAGAAAUUAAAUCAAGAGAAACAAUCGGGAAGCAACGACUUUGAAGCAAGAAACAACUGCCAGGUGUACUGCUGCCGCCCGUUGGCCCUGGCAUUCCUGGAGCUCACGGUCGUGCGGAGGUUCCACGAGCACGUGCACCAGCCCCACGUGCCACCCUCGCUGCGGGCUGUGCUUGGCCGGCUCAGCGCUCUCUACGCCCUGUGGGCCCUGAACCAGCACACGGCCCUGCUCUACCGAGGUGGCUACUUUUCUGGUGAACAAGCAGGUAAAAUGGUGGAGAACGCCAUCCUGGCCCUGUGUGCCCAGCUGAAAGGUGACGCUGUCGCCCUGGUCGAUGUGAUGGCCCCUCCUGACUUCAUCCUGGACUCACCGAUAGGCAGAGCUGACGGCGAGCCCGCACGUGGCUCCCAAGCUCCGCCCCUCCCCCUCCUCCCCACGCUCCACAACGAUGGCUUAAAAAGCAGACCUUGUCAGACAGCUGCUCGGGUGGAGCCCUGCACCUGCACCUGCCCCACACCUGAAACAGCACCCACAUCCCUUCCUGCGUCCCCAGCCCACGCGGCCUGACCUCUGCCCGGUUCUCCAAGGUCAUUUCACGCCCCGCCCCUCCCACCCUCUGGACUAAAGUCUCGCUGUCCUCCUGUUUCUCCGGCGUACUGGGCUCAUUCCCACCCCAGGGCCUUUGCACCUGUGUUCCUGUUGCCGGAGCGCUUCUGUUCAUGCUAAGCGGAUGCCGCCUCUUCGGAGAGCUCUUCUCUGGCCGCCAGCUGAAGUGCCCCCGCCCGAGAGUGGCCCCACUUUGUCCUGCCCUGGGACCCUCACGGUGCCCGCAGGCAUCCCUGCCUGACCUCCUCCACCACGUGGAGAUGCCCGUGCUGGACGACACCCACGGGUCUGCUCAGUGCUUCCCACUACCUGUGGGCGGUGGUCCCUGUGUUUCCAUGGAGACGUGGCGUUUCAAAGUGCUGAAGUCACGUGCUGAGGUCCCAGGGCUGUCGUGUUCUUUCUGCUGAGACUUCUGCUGACCCAGGAGACUGAACGUAGGGUGCUAGGAACCCUCCGUCUGUCCCCAGGGGACACUGCCAUCAGUCUGGGGGGUGGGGCAGGCGCCUGGACCUCUGACCAGCCCGGGCCACACCUGGGGUUGGGACGG